AUGUCAGAUUUACUACCUCCUAUAAUUCAAGAGUACGCUACUAAGUGGUAUAUCCUGCUACCAGCAAUAGUGCUUGUAUACCUCACUUUUAGUUUCUUGUUUGAAAUAUACUUGAAAAGAAAAUUGGGUGCAAAAGGCUUUACAAACACCGAGAGAGAUGGCUACUUUGGCUUUUACACACCAUUUCUCCUCCUCAGAUUGAAAAAAGAGGGAAAUCUUGUUGAUUUUGGAACAGAGAGAUACCAGUUUCUCCAAAACCCAGAUGUACCAACAUUCAAACUCAGAAUGUUUGGAAUCCCCAUUGUUACCACCAAGGACCCCGAAAACAUAAAGGCAAUCUUGGCUACUCAAUUCUCUGAUUUCCUUUUGGGCUUGAGACAUGCACAAUUUAUGCCAUUAUUGGGAGAUGGAAUCUUCACCUUGGAUGGCCAAGGAUGGAAGGACUCAAGACAAAUGUUGAGGCCACAAUUUGCCAGAGAGCAAAUCUCACACGUGAAAUUAUUGGAACCCCACAUGCAAGUGUUUUUCAAGCACGUGCGUAAACACAAGGGAAUGACAUUUGACAUUCAGGAAUUGUUUUUCAAAUUGACUGUUGACUCUACAACCGAGUUUUUGUUUGGCAAUUCAGUCGAGUGUCUUAAAGACUCCUCAAUUGGUAUGCGUCCCAACUCUGCCGACUUUGAAGGUAAAGAACAAUUUGCAGAUGCAUUCAACUAUUCACAAAAUUAUUUGUCUACCAGAGUUGUGUUUCAAAAAUUUUAUUGGCUCUUGAAUGGUAAGAAAUUUAAAGAGUGUAACAAGAUUGUCCAUAGCUUUGCCCAAUACUAUGUUAACAAGGCAUUGCAAUUGACACCCGAUGAUUUGCAAAAACAAGAAAACUACGUGUUCCUUUACGAGUUGGCUAAAAACACUAGAGACCCACAAGUGUUGCAAGACCAAUUGCUCAACAUUAUGGUUGCUGGCAGAGACACUACUGCUGGUUUGCUCUCGUUUGUCUUUUUCGAAUUGGCUAGAAACCAGGAUGUCUUGGCCAAGUUGAAGGAGGAAAUUUACGGCAAGUUUGGCUCUGGAGCCGAUGCACGUGUUGAUGAAAUCACAUUUGAAUCUUUGAAAGGUUGCGAAUACUUGAAAGCAGUGCUUAACGAAUGUUUGCGUUUAUACCCAUCUGUGCCAAACAACUUCCGUACCGCUUUAAGAGAUACUACAUUGCCUCGUGGUGGUGGUAAAGAUGGAAUGUCACCCAUCUUGAUUAGAAAGGGACAAAAUGUUAUCUACUCUGUUUAUGCAUUACACCGCGAAGAAAAGUUUUACGGCAAAGACGCAGCAGAAUUUAGACCAGAAAGAUGGUUUGAACCCGAAACUAGAAAAUUGGGCUGGGCUUUUGUACCAUUCAAUGGUGGUCCAAGAAUUUGUUUGGGUCAACAAUUUGCCUUGACUGAGGCAAGUUACGUAACUACAAGAUUGAUCCAAGAGUUUGAACAUUUGACUAUGGACCCAGACACUGAAUACCCAUUCAAGAAGAUGUCUCAUUUGACAAUGUCUGUCUAUGGUGGUGUCAAUGUACAAAUGUAUUGA